AGACCUACGAGAUGGUUCUUCACGCGCGUGUAUUGAACUAUACUCGAACACAGCUAUGGAGGAUUGCUGCCUCGCUGAGUGGAGGCUGGUAUUUAUCGUUUGCUAUUAUGUCGCCGCAGUACAGGCUUGUCGCUCUCUGUGUUGGGGUCGCGGCGUACGUUUGUGUGGAGUUUUUAUUGGCAUUCGCCUCGGAAGCUCAACAAUGCCUGACUACAGGUGCAUCAGCUAGGUCAGCACAAUACUCACAGAAAAACAGCGCUCUCCUCCAGCUACCGAAAGAAGUGCAGUUCGAAAUCGCAGAGUUUUUGGGAGCUGAGGAUUUACUAAUUGCGCGAGUAACAUGUCACAAGGUUAACAACGCGCUCAAAAGCGAGUCGGCCCGCUUUUGGUUACAUGCGCGUCUACGACGUCGACUUCGCGGCCAGUCUAAUCUCUACAGAACCCGAAGUUAUAACACUGGACUUCGGAUUAUGAAAUACGCUAAACAGUUUGUGCAUGAAGCCGUUGUGCUUGUGCUGGCCAAGAUCAUCGGAACUGGUAGAGAUCCGGUCCAGAUACUUCGGUCUAGUAACGAGAGUGAUUGCGUGCUCAAAUGGGUCUAUCUGAAUGCUGACUGGAUUCGGAAGCAAAAUCUUCCUUCUUUGGUGAAAGAUGACGAAAGCGGAAACGACGGUUUAAUUAAGUACGUGGUAGUAAGUACGACUGUUAUCUUAACUGGGUUUAUUGAACCGCUGAUUUCGUGCGAGCAGAUUAAGCAAAGGAGAUGUGGGCUUCAAUGUGUUUCGAUAUUUUCCCAGCAAGACCUCAUCGGGAAUUAUCCUAAUUAGCAACGACGAUUUCGUGGUCGAACGCGUUGAAGUCCCCAGAAAAAUUUAUGCCAUGAUCCAAGAAGACCCGUUUACCUUUACAGCCGCUGAGACGCGUUCUGCCCCAGAAAUUUCGAAUUGGUACCUCGCAUUGGUAGCAUUCGCUGCCAUGACGCUCAUUUUCGUUGCGCAGCACUGUGGUGACGUGCUACUUUAUUGACAAUUCCAGCCCGAUUUACUUAAGUACAAUACUAGGGGAUUUGGGCUGGUAGUGCUGAGUAGAAAGCACUAUAUGAUCUAGUUUAUAUCAUCUGCGACUUACACUGGAAGCAGUUUUUUUAUCCAAAAUGUUUACCUAGCAAGC